UUCUCGACAGCUCCUGACGUCGGCUGAUCAGAUCAGAGAUUCCGAGCACCAUUCCUCCUGCUCAAUUUUAUUUCUUCCUCUAGUUUUGAUCGAAAUUAAAAUUUGGUCCGGGCAAAAGAUCUCGAGUAUUGUAGACUAGAUCCGCUGGACAUGGGCCCGGUCAGGAUGGCGAGAUCUGCUCUGCUGCUGUUGUUGUGCGGGCUUGUUUUGUGCUGGCAUGCGAAUGGUCAGAACGAUAAGUUCACGUACAAGUUCGAUCUGGGGGGGAUGGUGUGCACGAAUCUCGCCUCGGGUGUAAUUUGCAGCAACCCGCCUCCGUACGCGAUGAACACGGCGGGAUCCAGUGUCUCGCACCGCAAUAUCAUCUCCUUCGAUACGGACGGAAAUUACGCUUUGGGCUUCGAGAAGGCUACUCUCGGAUCCUGGUACCUCUCCAUCUACAAGUACAACCCCAGUGACCAGUCCUCGGGGGCUUCCAUUUGGAGGGCAAAAACCGUGGACGGAGUGGAUGUCAAAGCGAACGAGAAUUCCACUCUCGGAUUCAUUGAAAGUGGCAACUUGGAGCUCAGAAACGCGCAAGGAUCUCUGCUAUGGACGCCAGGUACAAAUGGUUUGGGGGUGACAGAGUUCGAGUUCAACGUGCAAAACGAGUUACAGUCAGUGGCUGGAAAUAUGAUUCUCUACGACCAAAAGCACCGAAUCGUCUGGCAAAGCAUGAUCGUUCAAGGAGGCAACAAGUUCACCUUGAAUAUGGUGAAACGGCCGGACUUGGUGUGCACCAAUCUGCCCAGCGGUGUGCAAUGUACCGAUCCGCCUGCGUAUCCCAUGAAUACAGCCACUGGCAGUGACUCCCGGCGCAACGUCAUCUCGUUGGACAGCAAUGGGCUCUACGCUCUCGGGUUCGAAAAGACCACUGGGGGCUUCUACCUGUCCAUCUACAAAUUCAAUCCCAGCGAUAACUCGGCUGGGCGAUCCAUCUGGACUGCAAGAACGAAGUCCGGUGAAAAUGUGAAGGUUGAUGAGAAAGGCACCGUCAGCUUUCUGCAGAAAGGCUCCAUCGAGCUAAAGGACUCCAAGGGAAAACAGCUCUGGACGACUGGAACCAAGGGAUUUGGAGUUUCCAACCUGGAGUUCAACUUUGAUAUUGGUAAUAUGAUUCUGUUAAACGACCAGAAAGCUAAUGUCUGGCAGAGCAGGUACAAUUGAUGUGCUUUCAGGUGAAAAUCAAAGUUUAGGUCCAAACCACAUAAUUUUUGGAGAAGGUCAGCUAUGGUAGUUUGCAGAUUGGCUGGCUGUGUUUCAGAAUAUUGCAAUCACCAUUGCAAACAGUUCGAUGUGAUGUACAAUACACGGGUUUAGUCUGAUUUUUUGCCAGAGAGACCACCAUAUGUGAAUAAAGGAGGGACAAAUGUUCGAAAGAAUCACUUC